CCUUGCGCUGUUCUACCUAAACAAAACAAUGCAUGUACCUGGAAAAAGAUUCUACCUUUGUGGUGAUUUACAAACAUCACAUUCUACCUUGUGAAACAUUGGGCGUGAGACGGUGUUGACAGAGAAUGCUCUGAUUUUCUCAUUCUUCCUGUCCUGACGUGCUCCCUGCUGCUGCAAUGAUUGGCCGCCUGUUUUUAUCACUUCCUCAAAAACAAAAACAAAGAGCGAUCAGCUGAGUGCACUGGUAGUUUUGACAAGUUUGACUCCUUGUGUCUAUAUAACCGGGCGAGAGAAAACAGAGGAAUUUUAACAGGAAGUGGAAGAAACGGCCGGUAUCUGGAAGUACUCAGAAGUCAGUGGAAGAAGUCUCUCGACCUCAACCAGAAGUGAAAUAUGGGCAGUGAGUACCAGACACUGUCCUCAGCAGAGUCAUGCAAAAGUCUAUUCAUCGAGACGUCAGAGUGCUUUAUAUGCAGGGAUGUUGAACUUCAGGCCAGUGACCCACUGAGGAAUUUCUGUGACUGCAAGAAUUUACUUUCCCAUCAUGUGUGUCUGUCCACCUGGAUCCAGAAGGGCUGUGAGAGUGAACACAGACUGCACUGCAUCAUCUGCAAAGCCAAGUACCAGGUCCAGAGGAGUUCUCCAUGGCGCUCUGUGAGCUCCCAGUGGCAAACAUGGUUGGUGCUGUUCAGUGCUGUAGUACUGCUGUUUCUGGUUCCUUAUGCUGUUUUCUGCCUGAUGACCGCCUUCACCAACCCUCCUCCUUCUAUCACCUUUAAAGUGGCAGCGGCCUCCUUUGGUCUGCUGACAGUGAUUCUGCUAAUCAAGUGUGUGUCCAGCUAUCUCAGCAGCCGGUACCGGCAGGCGGCGAAGAGCUCCUUCACAGUGCGCGCCAGAGGCUUGGACCAGGACAGAAGGAGGCGGGGCCGCUGGGACGGAUCUGAGGCCUCAGCGGUGUCAGGUCACGCUUCAUCUGCGGCCUCACCCAGUCAAGUGGGUGACAGGAAAGUGGCUAUGUUGAAGAGUGGAUGCCUCAGCCUUUAUUGAAAAACUAACAGAAGGAGUUUACAGAAUACAGCAUAGUAAAUCCUGUGGGAUUAAGCCAUUCAAGAUAUCACAUCGGCUUAUCAGCAUGAUAUUUAUGAGAUCUCACACCUAUCUGCAAGGUGUCAAAUAUUGCUGUUUUCCUCCAUGUCAAAGCCUUGCACUCUUUCUUCAGCGGGUAUAUUGUCGUACUGCAAAUUGAUCAUAAGGAAGCUAAUGCACGCAGCCUUCAGGAGCAUGUUCAGGCUCAGGGAGGUAAAAAAAAAAACUGGAAUCUUUCUCUUUCCUUAAUGAUGUCCACACAAAGACAAUGGGGCGCCGCUCUGAUUAGUGUCACCUGUCCUUGUGCAUCUCAUCAGCUCCAUUAUGGCUCCAUCUCCCAUGCUUCUUCUGCUAAUUGAAUAGCCUGUGAAGUGGUGACGAGGAUGGGGGCGAGAGCAACGUCUGUGCCACUGCUGCUUCACAAAUGAGAGUGAGACUUCCCAGUGAGACACUACUGAGGCUCUUAAAACAUAAACCAUUAUCAUACAGAUGGAAAAGAUGCUAACAAGUAGCCCUCAUGUUAUAUUAGCGUCAUAUCGUCUACGGAUUAUGUUAUCUGUAUCAGCUUUCAAUUGGCAUCUACUGUUUGUUUUCAGAGGGCCACUUUUCUUCAGUGUAUCAGAGAGAGUGUUAAUAGUAGACACAUGGCAAGCUACGUAUGGGUAAGGCAAAGGUUUAAAAAUAUGCCUUCAUGCGUUGAAAAGUGGAUAUGAAAUUCAAAUCUGUCGUUCGUUAUUCUGCAGCUGUGUUUGAGUUAGCACAAACACAAGGAACAAACUAGCUUGGUCAAUGGUAAUAAAAGUCCAACUACUAGGACCUCUUUCACUCAUAUAUCAACAUGCUACACCUUGUUUGUUUAAUUCAUACCAACACAAAAGUGUUUUUUGGGGGGUUCUGUGUUCCCAAAUUGUCCAUUGUCAACAUAUCCCAUAAAAAGAUAAUGGUUCCAUUUCUGAUCCAGUGGUCCCCUGCUGCUUGCUUGCUUGCUUGUUUGUUUGUCUGAGUAUGUACAUCUAUGGUUGUUGUUCUAAUGUGGAUUAAUAUAUGCACUGGGAGGGACCUUCUGUCAGGGAAUCACAAUUCAUUUAGUUGGACAAUCCAAUGACCUCCUGGCCUUAAAGACUGACAUAGCAAAGAUAGAAACUGGCCUCCAAAUAAGUUUGACAAUGGCCACUAACCUCCAAAUCUAAGAGACUUUUCAGAGUUACAUGGUCAUAUAUAAGACAAUAACUGGGACUAACAGUUAGCAGUUUGGGCAAAUCACUCUUACUGAUAAGCCUGGUCCAAAUGGUGAUGCUGCAGCAGAGAGGUUCGUGGAUCAGUGCAAGGAUGUCCUCCCCCACUUUUCAGAUACAACCGUUUUUAGGACAUUUUCCAUUAGGUUUAUCGGGGAUUUUACCAAUGCUUCAGCAAUAUAUGGACUGUCCCACUCGCUUGACCUGCUCUCUGGAUCCUUGCUUUGGAGGCAUCCUAGAUUCCGAUUAGGAUGUUUGCAAAACCGCCCCUUUGGAGAUCAGACCACUGCGUAAAUCACCUUUUGCUUUAACUAUUAAUCAGUAGUGGGGCAAAUGAAACCCUUCCCCAAAGUAGUUUGUAUUUGGUCUUAGGAACCUUUUAGAGGAACCGAGAGGCUGUUCAGAGAACUCUGUAUUGGACCUCAUUAUAAUCCCAGUGUGUCUUAGAUUCAAGUUUUGUGAAGAUGUGUGUAAGACAAAGUGUGUCUUAAUCUUGGCUAUGAAAAGAACUGAAAUGAUUUCUUAAUGCUAAGAAAAAGGCCUUCUGUUUUGCCAUGAGUUCUCUCAGAAAAGAGGACACUUUUUGGAUUGAAAUGGCAAUGGGUAACAUGAGAAGCACGGGAAAGCUUAAAUGCUCCAAUGGGGUUGGCCAGAGAGAAAAAAGAACGCUCCGUCAGGAACAAGAAGUGCUAAUGAGCUAGAUGUUUAUUACAGUAGGGUGUGUGGUGCCUGUGUGAAGCCGAAUAUAUAAGACUACUGGCCAAGACAGACUACAGGCACCGGUCCUUAAAGAGCCAAUUAAAGGGAGUCUUUACAAGGUUACUCGAGUCACACACAGCGCCUAAACAAGGGGAAAUCUCAAUCAUUAGGGUCACUCCCGAAAAAAACGGAAUGAUUUUCGACCAAUCUCCAUCACUCCUGUACUUUUUAAAACCGUGGGCAGUGUUAAAGCUAGUCUCCUAAAUUCUUCUAUGGUAUAAAGUGGGAUUAAGUAACUAAGUACAUUUACUCAAAUUCUGUACUUCAGUACAAUUUUGCAGUACUUGUACUUUUCUAUUUCCAUUUUAUGAUUCUUUCUACUCGAUAAUGUACUUUUACUCAACUACAUUUAUGUUGCACCUUUAGUUACUUUGCAGAUAUACAGUAUAUUCAUGAUUACCAUAUAAUCAGCACUUAAAUCUGACUUUAGUUGGACCAAAUUCACAGUAAAUAAAGUUAUUAAAAUGAAUUCUACCUUUACCAGCUUGAUAAACAUAUCAAUAAUUAUAAUCAAAACAUAUCAUAUAUAUUAUUAUGAAAUGGACCAAUCUGCAUAAUAAGUACCUUUACCUUUGGUACUUUAAGUAUAUUUUAUGCUAAUACUUUUGCACUGUUACUUGAGUUACAUUUUGAAUGCAGGACUUUUACGUGUGACAGAGAAUUCCUUCUACUUGUACUUCUUCCACAGCUGAUGGUAAAAAUGUUGCUCUGGGUUGUGUGAUAUGUAAGAGUUUCAUUUGGUGGUUUGUUUUGGCUCGUUGAUAUUGGGGUUAAUGGUGGUGUUAUUUUUACUAUCUGACAACCAUUAGUGGAACAACAUCCGACCCCUUCCUUCUCCCAAACUCGCUUGAGAUGAAAGAGAGAGUUUUUAAUGUGCAGAUGACAUGGCCUUAGUUGGCCUUUGUGUCUGGCACACACACUCUUCAGUGAAACAAUUCAAUGUUGAUAGCACUUAAGAUAUAAUCAUGUGUGCCAAGCAGGAUUUCACUAGAAAGCCAAAUGUAUUUGACAUCAUGGCACAGACUGAUGGCCAAUUUAACAGAAAAGAUUAACUAUAUUUAAAAAAAAUUGCACACAUGGCUUUAUUUUCUUAGAACUCAACGAGCAAGUCAGUGAAAUUGUUUACAAAACCCUAGUUGAGAGUGUUUUAGCAUUCCUCUUGACUUGAGCGUUUGAACUGCGAGCUGCAGAAUGAGAUGGAAAGGAUAGUUGGCAUUGCCAGCAAAAUAAUUGGGAUGCACCGGCUUUGUGAGCUAUAGCAGCAGGACAAGAGCAUUCUCAAUUUCAUAUUCAGACCAUUAAUAUACAAGCAAACAAUUAUUUGCCAUAUAAAAAAAUUGUGUAAGGGCUUUAACCAAACAUUGUUCCAAGAAAGUAUUCUAUUCCAAUUUCAAUCAGCAUUUUAAAGUAGAAAAAAAAAGACAGAUCUUGCCACAAAUCUUACGCCACAGUAUUUUGUUUUAAGGUUAAAUGUGUUUAAGGUAUUGUAUCUGUAAUCUCUUUGAGCACUGUAUUAUAAGCGUUACUUUCUCGGUGUAUAUCGUUGCCAGAUGUGUUCUUUAUAUCGAUUGUUUUAUGUUACCUGUUGUUGUGCCACCAACAAUUUGGUGUACAAUGCCUUUAUUUUAUUCUGUUUUAAACAAAAACGUUCCUAUACAAAUACCAAAUACUGAUGUGAUUGAAAAUAAAAACAGCUGAGCAUUGUAGUGUCAAGAAAGCUGAACUCAACUGUCUUUCCUUUGGGUUUUGGUCUUCUCGUGGGAUUUGCUGAUAAUGAAAAUAAUAAAGAAUAUCAACAUCCUUCUCCUUUA